CAGGAUAAUCCAGGGCCAAGCACCACCUCUAGUGCACAGGAAGCAAGUUCUAUCAAGUCCACCAAAUCUGUCAAGACAUUUACAAAGUAUAAGGCAGCUAAAGGCAAGCAGUGGUUUUCUAAAGUCAAAGGUGGGAAGGCUAAAAGUAGAAAGACCUCGACGGCAGACCAGGAAGUGCUCAUCUAUAUUGGUUUGCUCGAGUGGAAUGAAAAAGAAAGGGUUCUCAAACCGAAGAGGAGAAAAAAGGUGGCCCUGCGAAUUUUAAAUUCUGCAAAAUCUUCACUGGUUCGCCAAAAAGCUGAAGAGAAAUGGAAGGAAUUUUAUAGUAACUUCUACGACGAGAACCAAACCUAUCUACUUCAUCAUGAAGAUGGGCAGAAAGUUCUUUUUUUGCCUGGGACUAGUGAACUGUUUACCUUAAAGCGAUACCAGGAGGAACUGGGGAAAGAUUAUAAUAGAAUUUACCUGUAUCUGUGCACAAAUGAAGACUACAACAAUACUGUCAUGAGUGGUGAUGACAGUGAAGAUGUCUCGUUUACCUAAAUGUUCCAAGCCUGUUGAUGACAGUGAGGAUGACAGCAUGUCUCGUUUACCUAAAUGUUCCAAGCUUGUUGAUGACAAUGAGGGUGACACUAUAUCUCGUUUACCUAAAUGUUCCAAGCUUGAGAGUGUCCUAACCGUUACUAUACCUGAAGAACAAAUUAAACUGGAUGAAGAGUUUGCAAGACAAUUAGAUAAUGAGCUGAACCAAGUAGAUGUAGAAGUUGAGAUAGUUGUUGAAAACAGUGAUAAUCUACAAGUACAAUCACGUGAUGGGGAAAGUGCUGAAAACGUACCCAAGAAACCCUUACUGACCAUGUCAGUGUUGUUAAGGAACUCAGCAAAAGUGUUGAUAACAGGUCAAUUCUUUAUUGUGGUGCGCAGGGCUUCCAAUUUCACAAGAUGCUUGAAUCUGUGGCGUCGUGAAUCAAUAAGAACCACGCCAGACAAGUUUUAAGAGUUCACUUCACAGGGGAAGAUGGAAUAGACAGUGGUGCCAUGGCUAAAGAGUUCCUUGCAAAAGCUAUAGCAGACAUGGGAAAUAUUAUGUUUCCCUCUUGCAGUCCUGUGGAUUCAACCUACAAUGUGCAGAAGGGAUAUUUCCAGUCUUGUGGAGAAAUUGCUGCUGUAAGCCUGGCUCAAGGAGGUCCAUCACCUUGUGUCUUACAGGGAUGUGUUUAUGAAAGUAUGGUCAACCCAGAAACUGACUUUAAGGUGGCUCCGUAAUUGAUACAAGAGCAUUUAGCUGUGACAAAUUUUCGAUUUUAACGCGAUGGCUGCGAAACUUUACAAAAAACAACAGAUAUCAUUCCGCAAUAAAACGAAAUAUUCCGAUUUCAUUGAUGGUAAAUAUUUCUUGAGAAAUUAGUGCCUAAAACGACCCUACUGUUCAAAGAAAAUCGCUUCUAGUAAAAAAUUUUGCUGAUAUUUUUUACUGAAAUUUCUGGCAUCGACUUUAAUUGAUAUAAUAAAUAUGCCAGAGGAAUUUCAGAAAAAUCGUUGGAGCAGAAGUCCGUAACUAAAAGUCGCUCAAAAUUCAGCUGUGAAAUUGUUUUGGAAUUUCAAAAAUAAAUUACUAUCAGGAAGAAGGACACACCAGUUUGAAUUUUCGGGAAAAGUAAAUUCAGUGAUUGCUAAUUCUGAAAACAGAAGCCGAUUGCCUAUCGUGCUAUUCUUUAAAAGGUACUUUUCACUUUUAGAAGCACUAUAAAUCGCUCCAAACUUUGCUUUGACGUCGAAUGACUUGUUCCUCGACAUUUUUAAAAUAUCCCUUGGCAGUUUUGGUUCAAACUCCUGCUACAUACAUUUUGAUGUAUUGCAAUGCAUCCUCAACGGUUUUUCCUGCUGUACGUUGUUUCCAAUUCAGGAAAAAGGUAUUGGGAUUGUAAGCUACCUUGUAUCGAAGCCCAGAUAGAACUGUCCAGCACCUUUGUUUAUGACCAGAAAAUGAGCACGAGCGGCAGCCCUGCGAGGAAUUCGCACCUCAGCCAGGGGGGACGAAUGACAAUGAUGCCCAUGUCUGUGAACCGAUCUGUAUAAACAUGUAUUGCAGAGCAAAACAUAAUAAUCAAGGAAAAAAUACCCAUUCAUUGAAGGAAGGAGUGACAAAAAUGUCAGAGUUGUAAAUUUAUUCACGGGCAGUAUUUUUGCCAUAAUUUUAUUUUGCACUGUGAUGUUAUUCGGUUCACAGGCAUGGUCAUCAUUGUCGUUCUUCCCCCCUGGGUGAGGUGCGAAUUCCUCGCAGAACUGCCGCUCGUGCUCUUUUUAAGUCAUAAACAAAGGUGCUGGAGAGUUCUAUCUGAGCUCUGAUACAAGGUAGCGUCCAAUCUCAAUACUUUUUUCCUGAGUUGGAAGCAACGAACAGCAGUAAAAGUCGUUGAAAAUGCAUUGCAAUACAUCAAAAUGUAUGCAGCAGGAGUUUGAGCCAAAACUGUCAAGGGAUAUUUUAAAACUGUCGAAGAACAAGUCAUUCUACUUCAGAGCAAGGUUUGGAGCAAUUUAUAGUGCUUCUAAAACUAAAAAGUACCUUUUAAAGAAUAGCGCGAUAGGCAAUCGGCUUUUGUUUUAAGAAUUAACAAACGGUGAAUUUACUUGUCCCGAAAAUUCAAACUGGUGGCUCCUUCUCCCUGAUAGUAAUUUAUUUUUGAAAUUCCACAACAAUUUCACAGCUGAAUUGUGAGCGACUUUUAGUUACGGACUUCUGCUCCAACGAUUUUUCUGAAAUUCCUCUGGCAUAUUUAUUAUAUCAAAGAAAGCCGAUACCAGAAAUUUCAGUAAAAAAUAUCAGCAAAAUUUUUUACUAGACGCAAUUUUCUUUGAACAGUAGGGUCCUUUUAAGCGCUAAUUUCUCAAGAAAUAUUUACCAUCAAUGAAAUCGGAAUAUUUCGUUUUAUUGCCGAAUGAUAUCUGUUUCUGUUUGCAAAGUAUCGCAGCCAUCCCGUUAAAAACCAAAAAGUUAUGACGGAAAAUUUGUCACAGCAAAAUGCUCUAGUAUAAAUUACGGAGCCACCUUAAGAGCUUGAAUGUAGAGCACAUUACAGCAGAGAAGACGAUGCUCGAAAAUAUCCAACAUGACUUGGAUAACCAUCGUGACACAAUUUUAGAUCAUGGUUACACUGGUGUUAGGGACCGUUCAUUUUUUACGAGGUAGGGGGGACUGGUGGAAUUGGGGGGCGGUCACGCAAAAAAAAAGGCUUAAAAGGGGGGCCAUCCAAAAAAAAGGAGGGAAGGGGGAUCACGCGAAAUAUUUCAGUUCAUGUAGAGUUGACAUGAUGUUUUAUUAUUAAAUAAAACUACAUAUACAGAAACAAGCAAGAGGUAUAUAAAUGUAUCAAAAACUUUUGUUCUGCGUUCACAUGACAGCGUUCAGUUCCACGACAACAAUUUUCAAUGCUAGGAAACUAUCAUUAAAAGAUUCUUUAUCAGGUUAGCUCUGUGCAACGUCUCUCUGCUCAUGUUCCUCUUCGUCAUCAUUUCCAAGCUCUUCCUCAUCGCUCGUGCUGCUGCUAGAGUCGCUUUCAUCGUUUUCAGUCAUGGCAUACUCUUCAGGGUACAUGAAGCAGUACACAUUAUCUCUAACCUCCGGCUUGAGGUUUGUGAUAAUUCUGCUUCCUGCGGCGUUGCUGAAAUGGUUUCCUUGCAAGAGCUGUGCAAUGUCUGCCGCAUCUCGAUCAAAAAGCAAUUCGGAAACUUUCUCAACGUCGAUGCACCCUUCAGGGACGGCAAGGCAAGGAGGAUACAGAAGACAUUUCGGAAGAUCAUUACCUAGCGGGUUUCCGGCACAAAUACUAUACACUCGUUGGACGUUGUUUUCAAACCAUUUCUUUUUUCUUGCAUUCGAUUUUCGACGGUUUUCUUUUUUUCUUCUUCCCUUGCUGAUGCGGUCUCUAUGUAGGCCCUUGAAAAUGCUACAAAAACUGUCUUCACUUUCUUGUAGUGUCUCUGUAUCCCGCGUUACCUUUUGCACCUAAACCUUGACGCACUUGAUCUGCUUUACAUUGAAGUCGUGAGCAAAUUCUUCUCCUUGCUUCUAGAUAAGCCCAUUAGACUGGAAAAGCGUAAAAUCAUGUUCUUUCAAGGCUUUCACUUAAGGAUUACCUUAAGCACCUUGAGGUGAUGGAGUUCAAAAAGAAGAAGAGAGCAGAGGAGCGUGCGAAGGAGAGCCAGAAAACCAAGGAAAAAGUCUAUGCUGAUUAUGCUUGAAAAGAUCUGUGUGAAGAUUCGACCAAACUGAAACAGCUUCGAGUGCCAGAGCUUAACAAGUACCUCAGACACCAUGGAAUACACCAACACAUCAAAAGCCCUAAGAACGACAAGGUGAAGGUAAUCGCAGGGCAUUGGCUUCUCCAAAUGAAUCAAAUCAUAUUGUACAUUGCAAAAUAUAUACAUGUCAGGUUUAAUUAUGAUAAUGUCUCUUUUGAAAGGGGAGGUCACCCCCAAAAAAUGACCGCCUGUGGGGGGGGGGCAUGAGAAAAAAUGAGGACUGGGGGGGGGGGGCCACGGUAAUUCGUAAUGGGGUUCAAAAAAUUCCACCAGCCCCCCUACCUCGUAAAAAAUGAACAGUCCCUUAUCGACAAAGAGCACAUCAAUGAUAUCACGGGAUACGUUCUGAUUAGUCUUGUCACGAACAUGACAACUAUAUUUAUCCAAAUUCACGAGAGGACUGGAGCUUUAUGGACUUGGUGA